UGAGGCAUGAACACACCUCCGCAGGGCGUCCGACUAAUCGCUGGUGGGAUGGAAGGGGGCUAGGUGAGACCAAUGUGGGACGACGCAUCCAUUUUUAAAAUGAUUAUCUUUUCUUUUAUGAUCUGAAAAUGCACGACUACUACUCAGGAUAGCGGUUUUGCAAGUGGCCCUGGCCAUGACUCCAUCCGGAGUCCCCCAAAACCGCAUCCUUCGCACCUUGUGACAUCCUCAUGACUUCAGGCCACUUGCCAGACAGCAAGUCUGUAAAGUUUAUUCUUUGGAGGAGACGCUACCGACCUGGGACACCCCAGAGUCACGUUUGAUGCACGGAUCCCACAAGGACUGGGAAGCCAGGAAUGAAGAGGAACAUGUUCCUCUGGUGGAUCUUACCUCUCUUUUUCCUAUCUCAUGUCCAAGGAGAACUUCCUUUUAUAUCAGGGAACAAUGCGGCAAUGCUGGUCAACUGGAAUGCAGUUGAUGGAAAUAAGAAGUUGUUCGCCAUCUAUGACACAAGCAGUGUCAACGAACCGGGAAAUAUGUCUUUUGUGAAGGAGACGGUGGAUAAACUCCUGAAAGGGUACGACAUUCGACUGAGGCCAGACUUUGGAGGGGCCCCAGUAGCAGUAGGGAUGAGCAUAGACGUGGCCAGCAUAGACAUGGUGUCUGAAGUGAACAUGGACUAUACAUUGACGAUGUAUUUCCAACAAUACUGGCGAGACAAACGUCUCGCCUAUGUUGGAAUACCGCUCAACCUGACCUUGGAUAAUAGAGUAGCAGACCAGCUCUGGGUGCCAGACACCUAUUUCCUCAAUGACAAGAAGUCAUUUGUUCACGGAGUUACCGUCAAAAACCGCAUGAUCCGUCUUCAUCCGGAUGGAACCGUUCUUUAUGGCCUAAGGAUAACUACGACAGCAGCAUGCAUGAUGGAUCUCAGAAGGUAUCCCCUGGAUGAACAGAACUGCACUCUGGAGAUAGAGAGCUAUGGCUACACCACAGACGACAUCGAGUUCUACUGGAAAGGGGGCGAGUCGGCUGUCACGGGUGUGACGCGUAUCGAGCUGCCACAGUUUUCCAUUGUUGAUUACAAGUUGGUGUCCAGAAAUGUUGUGUUUUCCACAGGUGCCUACCCCCGGCUUUCUCUGAGCUUUAAACUCAAGAGGAACAUCGGCUAUUUCAUUCUCCAGACGUACAUGCCGUCCAUCCUGAUUACCAUUCUCUCCUGGGUAUCCUUCUGGAUAAACUACGACGCCUCGGCGGCCAGGGUGGCUCUAGGAAUCACUACCGUGCUGACCAUGACUACCAUCAACACCCACUUGAGAGAGACACUGCCCAAGAUACCCUACGUGAAGGCCAUCGACAUGUACCUGAUGGGCUGCUUCGUGAUGGUCUUCCUUGCCCUUUUGGAGUACGCCUUUGUCAACUACAUCUUCUUUGGGAGAGGUCCUCAGAUGCAAAAAAAGCUGGCAGAGAAGGCGGAGAAAGCCAACAAUGAGAGGGCAGCCAAGUAUGAUGCUGCAAGGGAGGCAGGUAGUAGGGCUGCAUCUCUAAAACGGUCCAAUCAGAUUAGAGGCCUUCGCCACUCACGCUCGGCGGAACCGGGCCACGGGAACAUUCUACUGACCACCUUGGAGAUCCAUAACGAAGUGGCGGGAGGGGAAAUCACCACCAGCGUGGCGGAUAUCAGAAACUCUCAGUCCAUGGUGCAACUGGACAGCACGGCUUCGUCGCACAUUCAGUAUCGCAAGCAGAGCGGCGGAGUCGGUCCGCGUUCGGCCAGCCGCCACUCCCUAGAUCGGUCGGCUCAGAUGAAACGCAGCCGACUGAGGAGGCGGUCCUCGCAGCUGAGAAUCAAAAUCCCCGACCUGACCGACGUGAACGCCAUUGAUCGUUGGUCGCGGAUCAUCUUCCCUUCCGUUUUCUCCUUUUUUAAUCUUAUCUACUGGCUCUAUUAUGUCUGAUCGGACACUUCUUUUGUUUGUCAUGAUGUUUGCUUUCCAUUUGGUUUUAUCUCCUUUACUCCGUGUGCUUUUAUACAUGCAUCGAAUCUAUCAACAUCAGACUAGAGACUGAAAGACUGAGAAAGUUCUGGACCAAGUUAUCAUCAAAUAUGUUUUUUAUAUUCGCCAUCUUUCAAUGAUUUCUUUUCUACAGUAUGAACCAUUAUUAGGACUAGUCAUUUUCUGGAAAACCUACACACAAAAUGCCAGCAGUUUAAAAUACAUGCAAAUAAUAAACCACAACAGCCCCCGAAAAAGAACUUCAUACCACACGGAUGAUCAGGAAAAUGCAGGCAAUUCCUGAAAAUCCAUGAAACGACAUGUUUGAUUGGUAACCCUAUGCACGACAAACACAUGAAAUGAUCUUCCAAAGUGGUCAACGGUUUCAACUCGAAUGAUCACGGCUCUCAGGCUGAAUAUUACUAUUCUUGGCAUCCUUUUGGUCGAGGAGCGGGACGACAAAACAGCACAAGAAUGAACAACACUGCCAACUUUCUUUCCUGUUCCCAUUUUAACCCUUUAUAGGGCAAGAGACUGUUUUUGGUCAUUUGAAAAAACUUUAUAGAGACCUGUUGUCCACCGGUGUUGUCACAGAUUACUUGAAAAAGUAAAUCAAUUACUGAUUACGCCUCAAAAAGGUAAUCCAGUUACUUUACUAAUUACUUUAUUAUCAAGGUAACUAAGUUACUUUAACAGUAAUUUAUUGCUUACUUUCAGUACUACCAACUUUUCUGCCUCAACAUUAAAAUGACAACAGGAAAAUGUCAUCGCAUGUAAUUGACGUUCUGAUAAUUGAAUUUAAAAGGAAAGAUAAUUUUUCAUACAAUGGUAUGAAAAAGUAUCUAAAGCUUUUGGAAUUUCUCACAUUUCUGCAUUAAAUCGCCAUCAAAUGUGAUCUGAUCUUUGUCAAAAUCACACAGAUGAAAAAGCAGUGUCUGCUUUAACUAAAAUCACCUAAACAUUUAUACAGUGUGUCACAAAAGUGUGUACACCCCUCGCAUUUCUGCAAAUAUUUAAUUAUAUCUUUUCAUCGGACAACACUGACAAAAUGACACAAUGGAAAGUAGUCUGUGUGCAGCCUAUAGAAUGGAGUUCAUUUAUUUUCCCCUCAAAAUUAGCCAUUAAUAUCUAAACCCCUGGCAACAAAAGUGAGUACACCCCUCAGAAACUACAUCCCUAAAUGUCCAAAUUGAGUACUGCUUGUCAUUUCCCCUCCCAAAUGUCAUGUGACUCGUUAGUGUUAUUAAGUCCAGGUGUGCAUAGGGAGCAGGUGUGUUCAAAUUUGUAGUGCAGCUCUCACACUCUCCAAUACUGGUUACUGAAAGUUCCAACAUGGCACUGCAUGGCAAAGAACUCUUUGAGGAUCUUAAAAGGCGUAUUGUUGCGCUACAUGAAGAUGGCCAAGGCUACAAGAAGAUUGCCAACACCCUGAAACUGAGCUCCAGCACAGUGGCUAAGAUCAUCCAGCGUUUUAAAAGAGCAGGGUCCACUCAGAACAGAG